UUUUCUUUAGGUGCAUCUGACUUGACACCACAACCACAUUGUGAACAAGAGGGAUAAUCAUGGGAAAACGCACUCACCAGAAUGAAGAUGGCUCCCACGUUAGAGCGAAGAAAAAAUCAAAGAGCAGCGUCUCUUCAGACAAGCACGACGUUCAGGCCGAAUUACCUCCCAAGCGGGAUGCUCCCAUAGGUGAUGAUAUACCUCAGGCAGAGAUUGAUCGUUUUCUCGAGGAGAAUUCUAUCAAGAUUACUGACACGGUGCCUGAAAAUGAGCCUCCCCGUCCAAUUCUAUCCUUUUCUCACCUCCCUCCUCAUGACGGCGACCUCUACGGCCCUUUGAGUUCGUUUACCGCCCCAACAGCCAUUCAGUCAACCACCUGGCCAUUACUCUUUGCUGGCCGGGAUGUCAUUGGUAUCGCGGAAACUGGAAGUGGAAAGACCAUUGCCUUUGGCCUCCCAUGCCUGAAGAAGAUACAGGACUCUGUCAAAAAAUCGAAAAUCAAACCCGCCCGUCCUUUGGCCGUGAUAAUGUCUCCUACUCGAGAGCUGGCUCUACAGAUAUAUGACCAGCUCCUGAAGUACACCAAGUCAACAGAUAUCCGAUUGGCUUGUAUUUAUGGUGGCGUGAACAAGGAUGAGCAGCGCGAGAACCUACAACGGGCGGCAGUUGUUGUUGCGACCCCCGGUAGACUAAAGGAUCUUCAAAAUGACGGGUCAGUGGAUCUGGGAAAAGUCAAGUACCUUGUUCUGGAUGAAGCCGAUCGUAUGCUUGAUAAGGGUUUCGAACAGGAUAUCAAGGACAUCAUCCUUCCUAUGCCCACCUCCCGACGUCAGACUGUUAUGUUCACGGCAACCUGGCCCCCUGUUGUGAGAGACCUUGCGUCGACUUUCAUGAAUACCCCGGUGACUGUCACCAUUGGUGGAGAUCCGUCAGCCGACCCCAGAGCCAAUUCGCGUAUAAAACAAGUCGUGGAAGUGGUAAAACCGCAUGAAAAAGAAUCUCGACUUGUCCAGUUACUGAACCGUUGUCAGCGCGGGUCGAAUCCGGAUAAGGUUUUGGCCUUCUGCUUAUACAAGAAGGAGGCAGUACGUAUCGAAAGGCUCCUUCGCGCGAAAGGCUUUCGAGUCGCGGGUAUCCAUGGUGAUUUGAACCAGCAAGAAAGAUUCAAGAGCUUGGAUGCUUUCAAGACUGGGAAUGCUACCGUCCUCGUUGCAACUGAUGUGGCAGCACGUGGUCUUGACAUACCCUCAGUUAAACUUGUCAUUAAUGUUACAUUCCCACUAACAGUGGAGGAUUAUGUGCAUCGCAUUGGCCGAACCGGUCGUGCUGGGGCCGAGGGCAACGCCGUAACUUUAUUUACAGAAACCGACAAAGCCCAAUCUGGCGCGUUGAUAAACGUGCUCAAGGCCGCGAAUCAAGAAGUACCAGAGGAUCUUCUUAAAUUUGGCUCGACUGUUAAGAAGAAGCAACAUGGUGCAUAUGGUGCAUUCUUCAAGGAUGUCGACUCCAGCAAGCCAGCCACGAAGAUCGUGUUCGACGAUUGAACUUGAUCUCACUCCGUCUUUCCUCCUAAUUUAGUCUUUUUGGUUGUUCGCCGGCCCUCGCCAAUUUGUGCCAAUAGAAACCUUCUCUCGAGGAAUGCA